AUGUAUGUAACCGAUGGUGUCAUCGGAAGUGUGGAACAGGUUAUUCAAGCUACAGAUAAAGAAGAAUUGCCUUACACUUGCCACAGUUGUGUAAAAGUUGAUAAAGAACCGAACCAAAUGGAAGGAUUCCAACUGCCUCUGGAUCCCUCAAAUCCAGUACUGAAUUCCACUGAAAGGAAUGGCAUACACAUAUCAGAUGGAAACCUUGAAGCAAACAUCCUUUUGACAGUGGUCCACGAGAGAGAACUUGAAAUUGUUGAAAAUGCAACAAAAAGAGGUGGCAAUCAUUUGGUGAGCAGUGAUGGUUUUUAUUUUACUAUAAAAUCAAAGACAAAAGGUGGAAAUGUAACAUGGGUGUGCACCAAGAAAACAAGUGGCUGUAAAGCCAGAGUUAUUGAAAGCAAUCACUGCUUUGUUUCCAAGCAAGAACACACAUGUUCUGCAACCACUGGAGCUGUGCAGUUGGCUAAGAUAAGAGCUGCUACAUACCAAAAUGCUAUAGAUAAACCAUUUAUGUCUGCUUUAGAAAUUGUAAAACAGGCCAUAACAGAAAAUGUUGGAAAUGAUAGGCCAUUUGACCUGGUGAAACCACAACACCUUGCACGUAAUGCAAAUAGAUACAGAGAAAGAAAAUUGCAGAACAAAUAA